AUGGGUUCUAUUGGCCCAAAAUGGAACAAGAUUGCAUCCGGUAUUCUAAAGGGUGUGAAGCAUGCCAAAAGGCACGCAUUUGUGAUUAUCGCUACUGAUUACUACUCUAAAUGGGUUGAGGCUGCACCGUUGAAGUCACCAAGUCAGGAAUCGGUCAUCAAGUUCUUCAAAGACUGCAUCAUUUUGAGGCACGGUCUGCCAGAGACCAUUACUACAGAUCAAGGAACUAUGUUUACCGGGAGCGAUAUCACUAGUUUUGCUAAAGAUAUGGGGUUCAGGCCGAAAGCAAGAAAUAAGGCGAUAAAGGGGAUUAUCCAGAAGAUGAUAGAGGACAAUCCAAAACAAUUGCAUCAAUUGUUGCCAGAAGCCAUCUGGGCGAAUCGCACAAGUCAGAAAUCGGCCAUAGGGACUACUCCUUUCAAACUUGUAUAUGGGUAUGACACGAUGUUACUAAUGGAAUUGACCGUGGCUUCUACAAGGCAAAAUAUGCAGCAUGUCCUGACAAAGGCCGAUUAUCAUGACAAAAUGGUGCUUGAGGAUUUAGAUUUGGACGAAGAGCGAUUGUUGGCACUUGACCACCUAGAGGCUCAGAAGAGAAGGGUAGAACGAGUUUACAACAAACGCGUCAAAGGGAAGAAGUUUCAGGUAGACCAACUGGUUUGGAAAGUCAUCUUACCCAUUGGCGCGAAGAAAGAAGCACUAGGGAAAUGGUCGCCAAAUUGGGAGGGACCUUAUAAGAUUUUCCAAGUACUAGGUAACGGCGCAUAUGUACUUGCCGAUAUAGAGGGCCGAGUUCAUGAUAGGGCGAUUAAUGCAAAAUAUCUCAAGAAGUAUGUCCCAAGCUGCUGGGAAGGAGUUUAUAGACGUAUUUUCGAGAAGUGA